CUCCGGCUGUUCCCGGCGCGGGGAGGAGCCUGGUCGGUGCGGCUAUUCCCCAGAACUGGGAACAGUCAAACAGGUCUGGAAGGACUGGGACCUUGAUGCAAUUCCUGCUUGGAAUGAUGUGGAGAGCCAUUCUUCUGGGGUUCCCGGGAACCUCAGGCUCAUGCCCGUCCCAGCCCGCCCACGCCUGCAAUGGGAUGAUUCUCUGAAUCCCUUGCGGAUUAGUGUGGGCAGCCUUCCAGUGCUGGCGUCCAUGACCAAGGCAGCCGACCCCCGCUUCCGCCUGCGCUGGAAGGCCAUCGUGGCAACCUCUCUGACCCUGGUCCUUGUGCUGCUGCUCCUGUGCUUCCAGCGUUCUCCCUCGGUCAGCAGGCCGGUUCCUCCCAAUGCUCACACAUGGCGGCUCAGCAUGCUGCCCAGUGAACGAUACAAUGACACCUACCCACUGUCCCCACCACAGCGGAUCCCGGAAGGUGUGCGCUACCGCAUCGGACUCAUUGCCGAUCUUGACACAAACUCCAAGGGCCCCACUGAGCAUACCUGGUUCAGCUACCUGAAGAAGGGCUACCUGACUCUGUCGGCCAGUGGGGACCGUGUCUCUAUAGAGUGGGAUUCCCAGGACUAUAAGCUGGAAUCUCACUUGGCUGAGAAAGGGCGUGGCAUGGAGCUCUCCGAACUGGUGGUCUUCAACGGCAAGCUCUAUGCAGUGGACGAUCGCACUGGUGUGGUCUACCAGAUUGAUGGCACCAAGGUGAUACCUUGGGUGAUCUUAUCUGAUGGGGAUGGCACAGUUGGCAAAGGGUUUAAGGCAGAGUGGCUGGCAGUGAAGGAUGAACAUCUUUAUGUGGGAGGCCUGGGCAAGGAGUGGACGACCACCACAGGAGAGGUGCUCAACCAGAACCCUGAAUGGGUGAAAGUCAUCGGCUACAAAGGCGAUGUGACUCAUGAGAAUUGGGUGGCCAAUUACGAUGCACUCCGAACAGCGGCCGGGAUCACUCUUCCAGGUUACCUGAUCCAUGAGUCUGCCUCCUGGAGCGAGAGACUCCAGCGCUGGUUCUUUCUGCCCCGCCGUGCCAGCCAUGGGCGCUACAAUGAGCAGGAGGAUGAGCGUCGUGGCACCAACCUCCUCCUCAGUUCCACACCAGACUUUGCCGAUGUCACUGUGAGCCAUGUUGGUAAUAUCAUCCCCACCCACGGCUUCUCUUCCUUCAAGUUUGUACCUGACACUGAUGACCAGAUAAUUGUGGCGCUGAAGUCUGAGGAGGAUGCUGGACGUGUGGCAACCUACAUCACAGCCUUCACCCUGGAUGGGCGUAGCCUGUUGCCUGAAACCCGUAUCGGUUCCAUCAAAUAUGAAGGCAUUGAGUUUAUCUAACUGGGAGAAUGGAUGCAUUGAGAGAGGGCAGAUGAACUGGGAUGGAUGGGCCAAGGGCCAGAGGGCCCGUGGGCCAUCUUCCUUUCACUCUGGUUCAAUUGCAGAGCAGGAUGGGACUGUGAAGGGCUGGUCAUGGCAUCAUUUUCAUCUCUGUAAAUCAACUUUGCUGCUACAAUUGUGGCCUGUUUCUGUGCUGACCUCUAGUGGUGUAGGUGUGCAGAGCCUCUGAAGUCUUCCUCUGCUUCAUUGGAACUGGCCUGGUUUGUAGCUAACUCUGUUUUACCCAACUAGUCUGGUGACCUGGCAGAACAUACACGAGGAAGAAUUGGCUUAAUCUUCUCCCCACAUCAGCACGCCUCCCCCACUCCUUUUAUGUACUAUGUGAUUCACACGUGCCUUUUCUGUGAAGGGGAGGUCUUCACACCUAGUGAUUAUCCCAUCAUUUGGAGGCUUACCUUAGUCCUGCCCAUCUAUCCCACAGUAGUUUUGAUCUUGACUUAAGUUCUUUUCAGUGGAACAUCACAGGUGGGACUGAGGCUGUUGGCCUUGGAAUAAACCAGGCAAAAGAGAGGGGGUAACAACACAAUGUAGAGCUUUGUGGGUUUGGAGCAAAAGAGUGAUCUGUUGCCAGCCCCCUUGGGAUAUUUUUCACUCCAUGGGGGAUGAACCUGAAACAACAUGUCAUAAGCCAUACUUGGGGUUAGAUUGUGGCCCAAGUAUUGCAGUUGCAAUAAAGGGUCUUAUUCCAGCUGCAGUAUUCUUGAAUACCCAGUGUUCCUUGUUCUCCCUGCGUGUUAGGGUGGGCAUAUAAGUCUGGGUCAGCCACACCUACUUUUCCCGAACAUUUAUAGCAGCCCUUGCAUUGUGUGUAUUUCUCACAAUAAAUUAACCCCAGCUUUUCUAGUCUUAAGAGCCUGUGAUAAUUCUGCUUACCCAAAAGCACCUAAUUCAUGUUCUCAUCAUUUAUCUCUUUGAUCAUAGGGCAGAACAGAAAGUGGAGGUGCAAGGCACCUUUUCCCAGUGGACAGGCUUUUGUCCACGCAUUCAAAAACCAACGAUUUUAUAAACAACUUGUGAGAAAUAAGGCUUCCAGAUCCAUGAAGAAGCCAAAAUGACUUUUGGUUUACGCCAUAGUAUAUCUGGGUGGGCAGCUUGUGGCCCUUGAGAUGCUUUGGCCUACCGACCCCAUGGUUCCUCACGAUUGGUUAUGCUGGCUAGGGCUGAUGGAGUCCUCUGCCAGAAUAACCGGAGGGCGACAAGUUGCCCACCUUUAUUGCAGGUGAUCGAAAGCUAUGCCAUGUUUGCAUGUGUGCAUAAGAAUGGCUACCAAGUCUUGCCUUACACCAGAUCAGACCAUUGACAUAGCUCAGUCUUGCCUCUGCUGGCUGGCAGUGCCCUCCUUACCUGAAUAUGCCAGGGAUUGGUUGUGGGAUGUUCUGCAUGCAAAGCAUAUGCUUUAGCAUGGAUCUACAUCUUCUCUUUCCCAGUGGAGAAGUGUCUUCUGAGCCACAGGAUAGGAAUUCUGACACAGUGGUACUGGGACCUGCUCCAAUCAGAUGUUCCCAAAGUACCCUGCACCUUCUGUUUAUAUCAGUAGUGGAUGAAGUUUGGAAAGGUUGGUCCCUAGAUGGCAGCACUUGUUUGUUGGAGAGCCAAAACCGAAAGGGUGCCUUCCAUCUCUGGAAGGACCUGCUUCAUCUGUGGGGGUGAGAUAAUUGUGUUGACAUCAAAUGUAUCAAAACAUUGUGUGUGUGUGUGUGUGUGUGUGUGUUUGCUGUUACAGUGUAGUUCACACUGUAAGUGCAAGACAUAUAGAAUAAAAAUGAGUGAGCUUGGCUCACAAAUUAAAAUCCAAA